UUAAUACGGACCACCAGGACUGAGGACACGCAGCGAGAGGCAACUUGCCUUGCCAAUGAAGUUUGUACAGCUGCAAAAGUGCAAACUAUGCCACCUAAUGCUGCCGCUGCAGCUGCUACUACUGCUGCCGCUGUUACUGCUGCAGCCGCUGCCACUACAACCGGAGCCAGCCGUGCGCAACCGAGUGCAAAGCCAGCGCCGCUAUUUAUCGCCAACGUGACGGAUAUUAUGCCUCUGCUAAUACGCCUGGAUGACGCUAUUGGCCAGGACAAUUACUCCACCAAGCCUGCUGCUAACCACGGCAUUCGUGUCCAGUGCAAGGACGUCGCCACGCACCGCAAGCUGCAAGCCCCCCCUCAGUCACGACCGCAAACUGUUAGUGCAGGGCCCAGUUAUUCGGCUGCUCUUCGGGCGGGCCUUCAAUUUGCUCAGCCUGUCGGACCGGCAGCUAUUAGCAGCAAACAGCGUCAGUCUAGGCAAAAAGCCACCAAAGUUAGCCAGCAACAACAACAACAGCAGCAACAACAACAACAGCAACAAGUUCGUUUGCCUAGGCAGGCAAGUGCGCAGCGGCCGCCGCAGCCAAAACGUAGCCGUAGUCUGAGUACGCGCCGUAGGCAUCCGCAACCAAUAGAUGGGGGUGCGCAUCCAGCUAGUGGGGGUGUUCAUUUUCAACGUUUCGAGCAGCCAAUGAAUGCGAAUGUGCCAAGUAUGCCAGUGCAAGUUAGCUUUAGAUUAGAGGCUAAAAUAGACAAACUCAUUGAGAUGAUGACCACACUCACGGCCUGCCUGUUGGCCCAAUUUGGUCCCAAUGAGCGCUUAAAUGUCUAACAAUGUAACUACUUCCCCAAAUACCAGUAGACGCAGCGCUGCACUGCAGCCUGCUGUAUCUCAACGUGUCAACAACAUGAACAUA